AUGUCCCCCCCACUCCGCAUCGGCGUCCUCCUGGUCAACACCGUCCAACUCCUUGACCUCGCCGCCGUCGACCUCUUCUACAUGAUCGACCCCUCCUACCUCUCCGCCUGCUCCCUCCCCAAACCGCUCAUCGACCUCGGCCGCCCCGUCCAAAUCCACUACAUCGGCAAAUCCGGCCCCAACACCCACCAGGACACCACCUCCAACCUCUCCCUGCAACUCACAGCCUCCCUCACCGACAAGGCCGUGCAGCCCCACGCCCUCGACAUCCUCCUCAUCCCCGGCCCGGAACCCUCCACCGUCCCCGACGACGCGUACCUGGAUUUCGUGCGCGCGCACCACGACGCUGGCACGCAUGUCCUGAGUAUCUGCACGGGCAUCCUGGUCGUCGCGCACGCCGGUAUUGCCAAUGGGAAGCGCGCCACGGGCCCGCGCAUGCUCGUGCCCAUGCUGAGGGAGAAUUUUCCCGACGUGGCGGUGUGGGAUGCGUCGCGGCGGGUGGUGCGCGAUGGCAAUCUUUGGUGUAGUGGCGGCAUUACCAAUGGCCAUGAUCUCGUCGCCCAGUAUCUCAGGACUAUCGUUGCCGAACCCCUUGUCAAGACCAUCCUCGCCAUGGCGGAUGUGCCGGAGCGGAGCCUGAGUUAUGAAAGCGCCGUCACGACCGAUAACUUUUUCUUUCUGUGGCAGGUGCUUAAGGCGUUGCCUACCAUGCUGUUUCGUUCCAUCAAGGGAUAA